CUGCGCGCGCGGGCGGUGGUAUAUAAAUGUGUGUUUAAAAGCCAUUAAGUACCGAUUUAUUUACAGAGGGAAAUUUGGUUUAAUGUGUUAGCGGUUUGUAAUAGAUACAAUAAGCAAGAAACCGAGGUUAAAGUGCUUAAUACUAGAUAUAAACCCAGUUCUCGUGCUUGAACACCACAGUAUAUUUAAAAAAAAAAAAAAAAAAAAUCGCCUCAGUUUCACAGUAUCAAUCGGUGAUUAAGAAAGACUUCUGGCGGGAAUUAUAAUAAAUAUAUAUAUUUCUUGCUUCCUUGGCCCAAGGCUUGGAAAAAACACGAAAUUGGUUUUGGAGUUUUGACACUUUGAGGUUUAAUGGAACGUCUCUGGAUCUAGGAUUUUCACAAUGUGUUCGAUUCCUGGACUUCCAACGCCUGGUUCCAGUGUCAGGGUCCUUAUCACGAGAGUAAACUUAAAUCCCCUCUGUGUACUAGUAGAAUUGUGGGCCAAUUUUGAUCAAGAAAGGAAACUGGUUUAUCAGCAACUGAGAAGAGAGAUUCAGUUUCCUGAUGAAAAUUUUCAGGAAUCGCAUGGGAGUCCUGGGGACCUGUGCCUGGUAAAGGUAUUUGAGACUUGGUACAGAGCCCGGGUAGUCUCUCGAAAUGGCCCAAAUUACAGUGUGUUCCUUAUUGAUGAAGGCAGAACACUCAGUGCUAAUACCAGUACAUUGGCAUGGGGUCCUAGUGACUUUUUCCAUUUACCUCCUGAGGUUGAGUUCUGUGUUCUUGCCAACAUUCUACCUCUGUCAGCAGAAAACAGGUGGUCUCCCACAGCACUGGAAUUCCUGAAGUCCUUGUGUGGAAAAACAGUUGAUGGAAUUGUUCAGGAUGUGUUGGUGCCUCACAGAACGUUCCUCCUUGACAUGCCGUCCAUAUCUAAACAGAUGUAUGAAAUGGGAUUUGCUAAGAAACUCUCUACUGAAAGGUUCAAGCUCUAUGUUUCAAGGUCAUUGCAGUCAUUCCGUGGGACUGCAGAUCCUGCUGAUUUGAUGCCCCCUUCUUUGAGAAAGGAGCCAGUGGAAACCUGCAGUCAGAAUGAGAAAUGGCAGCAAUUUUUGUAUCCAGAGUUACAAACUGAAACAGUUGAAACUGUAAUUAUCACAGAGGUUACAAAUCCAUUGCGCAUUUUUUGUCAGUUAAAGGUCUUCUCCCAAGAGUUAAAGAAACUAACUGAUCAGAUUACACAGUAUUAUGAAGGAAGAUCAGGAAUGUGGAAGGCAAGACCAGAACACUUAGGAUUCCCAUGUGCUGCUAGAGGAACUGAUGGAAAGUGGUAUCGGUCAGUCUUGCAGCAAGUGUUUUCCUCCAGUACAGUUGUUGAAGUGCUGCAUGUGGAUUAUGGAAAAAAGGACUUUGUACCAGCUGAGAAUGUCAGACCUUUGGCUGCAGAGUUCUUCAGAAUGCCUGUUGUAACGUACGUCUGCUCUCUCCAUGGCAUUAUUGAUAAAGGAGUUGGAUGGACUGCUGCACAGAUCAGUUACCUAAAAUCCUUGCUUCUGCACCGUACCUUGAUUGCUAAAUUUGAGUACCAAAGCCUGUCAGAGGGUGUCCACUAUGUAACACUCUUUGGGGAUGAAAAUAUUAAUAUCAACACACUGUUUGGCAAAAUGGAAAGGUGUCUGCUUCAGUGUGAAAAGUCACCAGGGGAUUUUGGUCUCAGAGAAAGAAUGGUAUCUAGUGCGUCUCAAGAUUCUUUGGGAAGUGAAGGGGUUAAGAGUUCUGUAGUCCCUUCAAGUACUCUGGAUCAGACUCGUGCAAUUGUAGCAGAAAAUCUUCCGGUGAAUUCAUCUCAGGUAGUUGUUGUACAGCAUGUGAACAACCCCUCAGAAUUUUGGAUUCAGGUGCAGCGUUAUAAUAACGAAUUUGACCAGCUCAUGGCUAGUAUCAGUGACUUGUACGAUCAGUCGGCAAGCACAGAAGGAAUUUUGAAAAAACUUGCAACGGGUAUGUCUUGUGUUGCCAGGUCAAGGGAUAAUGUUUUUUAUAGAGCUGUUAUCCAUGAAGUUUCUGGCAAGCAAGCCAAAGUGCACAUGGUAGAUUAUGGAAAUACAGAAGUGGUUGAUCAGUGUAAUUUAAGGGUUCUGCCUGACCAGCUCAGAGAGUUGCCAGCAUUGGCACUGAAGUGUACAUUGUCUGGUAUUAAGCCAAAGAGUGGGAAAUGGAGCCAUAGUGCAAUUAUUUUCUUUUCAAAAGCAGUUGAAAACAAGUUACUGGCUGUGCAUGUUAACUCAGUGUCUCAAGACAAACACAUUGUGCAGUUAAGUGAUCCUUCAGCCUGUGGUGAAAGAAAUAUCAGCAAGAUGCUUGUCAGUGCUGGUUUGGCUGAGGUUGAUCUUAAGACAGUGUCAAGAGUUACUGAGAAGUCUGCUAAUUUAUCAAGUGUUCCAACCCCAAGCAUUGAGAAGAGAGAAACUUGUGGGUCUCCAUCUUUGCCUACAAGCCUCCCCAAUGUAAGUGAUGCUAGAUCUGUUUUCAGGGAGCAUUUGUUUCUGAUAGGCAGUUCUAUGGAAGUAAAUGUCUCAUACAUUGAGAGCCUAAAUGACUUUUGGUGUCAGUUAGCCCAGAAUGCGGGGCGCCUGAGGUUACUUAUGGCGGAUAUUCAAAACUACUAUGUGGGCAGUAAGCCGCAACAGCCUAAGGAAGCUGCAUGUGUUGCUCGUCAUCCGGAUAAUGGAAUGUGGUAUAGGGCACUUGUAAUUCAAAAGCAUGUGUCUCAGCAUGUUGAUGUGCUGUUCAUAGAUUAUGGACAGAGCCAGAAAGUUCCUGUACAAGACUUGAGACCCAUUAAUCCAAUGUUUCUGAAACCAAAAGGUCAAGCUUUUCGGUGCAGCUUGUAUAACUUGAUCCAGCCAGUGAACAUGUCUACUUUUGAAUGGGGCAGUGCAGCUGAGGCAGAGUUCAAAAACUUUGUAGAUUCUGCAUCUACCAACAUGAGCCUGAAAUGUACCAUAUAUGCAGUCAUGUGUGACUCUCGGAGUGUGGUAUUUAAUGUGGUGGAUCUUGAGACACCUUUUCAAAGUGUUUGUAGCAUGCUGGUGCAGAAGGGACUAGCUAAUCGUGGACUUCCAAAAAAAGUACCUCUUCCACCUUUCAGACUGGAUACGUACUAUUACUCAACACAUGAAAUCAAAACUGGAGGAGAGGUGGCAGUAAAGAUAACCAGCGUGAAAUCAAUAAGUCAAUUUUUCUGCCAACUAGAAAGGAAUUCUAAGACCAUUGAAGAACUGACAGAGAAAGUGAACUAUCUCUGUCGUCAGCUCCAGGGUACAAAUUGUCCAAAAACCUUUGGAACAGUCUGUUUUGCAAAGUACACUGAUGGAUAUUGGUAUAGAGGCCAGAUUAAGUCUGCAGGCUCCACAAUCCAGGUAUACUUUGUGGACUAUGGUGAUACGCUGGAAUUGGAUAAAGCUGAUCUGCUUCCAAUUCCAAUUGAGGCAGGUGAGAUAAUGUCUGUUCCUGUUCAGGCUAUUGAAUGUGGACUUGCAGAUCUUCCUGAAGAUGUCUCUGGUGAGGUCAAUAAUUGGUUUGAAAAAAAUGUCACUGAGCAGAGCUUCACAGCACUGGUUGUUGCAAAAGAGCCAAAUGGAAAACUGAUAGUUGAGCUCUAUGAUGGCACAACCCAAGUGAAUUCAAAGAUCAAAGAAAAGUUCUCCAUUGAGACAUGGAGAAAAGAAUCUGUUUCUCUUAGAUGCCACAAGUAUAAGAAGAUGCAGGAAUUGCUAAUCAAUUGCAUGCAUAGUGUUGGAAAGGACAGAGAUCAGCCUAACCCUAAACAAGCAUUUGAGGCAAAAGGGAAAAUUUAUAAAUGCAUACCUUCAGUUGCAGAAAGUGAGUGCCAUAAACAAGACUUUGAGGCUUACUGGAAGCCUGGUGUGUGCACUUCAGAAUCUGGAAAUCAUAACAAAAUAGAUGGCAAAAAACAAGAAAAUGCAAAAAAAUGCAGCAGUCCUGGAAUUCAGUGGAAACCUAUGGCCACUCUUGAGAAUCCUGCAGAUCAGCUAGAAAAACAAAGUCUUCCAUCUUGUAGAGAAGACCAAGGAGAUCAUCAGGAUGUAUAUGGUAUAAUUACAGUCCCUAAUAAAAACAAAAGCUUUUCAAAACUUUCACAGCUCCCGGAAAAGUCUGUCAAAGCAGAUCAAGUGUCAGAAGUCUAUGUUUCUCAUAUCAGUUCUCCUUCAAGCUUUUUUGUACAGUUAACAGAAGAUGAGGCUGAAAUAUAUUCUAUUGUUGAUAAACUUAAUGGAGAUCUGUCAUGUAGAACAUCAGUUAAUGUAGAUGAAUUGCAGGAAGGUGAUUUAGUAAAUGCAGUGUUUCCUGAUGAUGGUUCCUGGUAUCGUGGGGUUGUUCAAAACGUAUUCAGGAACGGCACAGUUCAGGUAGAGUUCAUAGACUUUGGAAAUACAGCAACUGUCACCAGCUCAAGUAUCUCAAGGUUUGACAGUGAGUUCUUAGCACUUCCAAAGUUAAGCAUUCACUGUUCACUAAGUGGUGUUUCUUUGUCCAACAAAGAACACUGGGACCAGGAGGAUGUGGGAAACUUCAGAAGAAUUGUUGGAGAAAAUGGAAGUAAAAAACUGAUGUGCAAGUUCAGUAAACAGUUGGGUUCUGUUUGGGAGGUUAUGCUGGAGGACCAUGGCAUUCUGAUAGUUGAGCUCUUUCAGAGGCUUUCUGUUUCAGUGCCUGAUGCUACACCAGAAGGCCUGCAGAGACUCCACUCAAACUGUAGUCAUCUUGGUGAACAUAAAGAUGAUAUUUCAUUGAUGUACAAGGAACCAAGCAUUUCUGAAGGACUAAGUCUUGAGGUUUAUGCAAGUUCCAUAACUGGUCCUCACCAUUUCUGGUGUCAGUAUGCAAACACAGAUGAGCUCCAGAGAAUCUCGGAAGCUGCCAAGGAAAUUGGAAAUGCAGCUGUGCAGAUGUCUAUCUGGGCUGAGACUUUGCACCCUGGAAGUCCAUGUCUUGCUCUGUUUGCAGAAGAUGAGCAGUGGUAUCGUGCCAAAGUAAUGAAAAAAGCAGAAAAUGCCCUUUCUGUUCUCUUUGUGGAUUACGGAAAUGAGUCCAUUGUCAAUUUUAACAAAGUAAAACCAGUAACCCCUCCUCUUUUGGAAACUCCUCCUCAGGCUUUCUUGUGUCAGCUGGAUGGUUUUGAACCUUCACAGUGCUCCUGGGCUGACGUUGCUUUGGACCAGUUUGCUUGUCUUAUCACAGAUCGGGUUUUGACGGUGACUAUAAUCAAAGUAAAACAUGUUUUGGAUCUUGAAACUCCUCCUUAUCAUGUAAGGGUUGAAUGUGAUGGGAAGGUUAUAAAUGAUAUCAUGUGCAACAAGAAACUUUUCCCACACACUGAUUAUCUGGUCACUGCAUGCAGUGAACAGUUCUCUGUCACAGAAUCCACUGAGACAUGUGACAGUGCUAUUAAACCAUUGUUUGAUGGACAGGAAAUUGUAGCUAGCAAUCACAAAGAACCAUGUGUAAAGGCUGGUUUCUCUACCCUGGAUAAUUUGCAUAGUGACCUAAAUGUGCAAAAAGAACUGUGUCCUGUGAGUGAGUCUAACAAAACUGCUCAGCAGCAACUGGAAACUUCAGUCAGAGUUUCACCAGUGGAUGAGUCAGUCACUGGGGGCCUGAUUUCAGAAGAUCAGGUAUGUUAUGAAUAUUCAACAUCAAGUGAGAUGAUGGGGGUUAACAGAAAGAAUGAGGAGCCAAUAAAAGAAAACCAUCUGGAGUCUAAGGUUGUCAAAGAGACAUCCAUCUUGGCACAUACUGAAAACGAUUAUUUGACCCAAAUGGAUUGUGGUUUGGAGGGAACAAAUCACUUGGAAGAUGAGAUGUCUUGUCUCAGCAGUGAAAUUCUGUCAAGCAGACAGCCAGAUGUUCCUGUUAAUGUUGAAAUUAAUGAAGGUCUUCCCAAAAGUGAAAAUGAGACCAAAGUUUCUCCUGAUACUGUUAUUGCUGACACUGUCUUGAUGGCUGUGUGUACUCAAGUGGAUGCAGUGGUUACCAAUAGUUUUUCCAGCCAGGCUUCACAGAUCUUGGAGGAAAUGAACAAAUUCAGCUUGCAGAGAAGAGAAAAUGAGUCAGAUGCAGAAAAGAUGUCUCUGCUGGAUGAAGCUACUCGUCAUCUUUCCAUGGAAGAUGAAAUCAUGGAUUUGCUGGGCACACCAGAAUGCGAGCAGCCUGACGGUGAAAUUUAUGAAGAGGUUUUCCAUCAGUGCUUCGACGGAACUGUUGACAGCUCUGGGGCACGUGACGCUCCUUUGGACAACGAAAACUCAAGUAUUCAGUCAUCUUUUGGUACACUGAAAAUGUCUGAAGAUGAACCUCUCACUGGAACAGAAUGCAUUAUCUGGUCUUAUGCCCAUAAAACUUGGUGUAGAGCGAAGAUUAUAAAGGUGUUUGACGACUCUGUCCAGGUGCUUCUACUAGAUGAUGAUAGCCAUGCAAUAGUGGAUGUGCAGAACAUCUUCAAAAGAAUUCCUGAAGAUCUGGAUCAGAAACCAGCUGCCAAAACUAGCCUUAAUUCAGAAUUUGGCAUCCAACAAGAUGGUUCUGAGGAACACUGCGUUGAGCCUGAUGGAAGAAUAAGCUGCAGCAGUGAUCGACAACUGGUAUCUACUACUGAGGAAGUGGUCUCCCACAGAACUCCCAAGCUUCCUGGUACAUCUGAUUUAACCAAGGAAUCAUUUGCAUCCCCUUCAGAUGGACAAGAUGACCUUCCUGACAGUGAAGUUCUGUUAAACAAAGCCAAAUACCAUGAUGAUCAGCAUCAAAGCUGAGAAGAGGAUGAGUGAAAGAAUCUAAGAGUUUGGUUGAGAAUUGACUCUUCCUACUUCUGGGCUGGUGUGUUUGGAGGGACACUGACAUUCUACUGACUUGUGAUUGAGUACAGUAGUGUUCAUUUUCCAUAAGCUUAGAAGCCAGUGAGUUGUUCCACUUUCAGGCUUGGCAUUUUUAAAUGUGUGACCAGAAAUUUGUGCACAAGGUUUGAAGGUGCUGUUUAGUGUUCCUAUUUCACACUUACAUGGAAUACUUAACAAUGUGUUGCACUUUGACAUAAAACUUUAAUUGGGAUUUGCAGCACUUGUAAUGCCUUGAUUGGGAUCACUUAAUUUUAUUUCUGCAUGUCUGAAGACAUACAGUAUAGAAAAUGGUUAAAGGGAUUCAUUUCCAAUCUUUUUUUUUUUUUUCCCUCCAACUGUUACUUAUUCAAGUGCAAUAAAAAUAGAACCAUUCAGAAUUGUUUGUACCACUGCAUGACCUGUUUGCUUGGGUUGCUCCUUUUUACAUCUUGGAACUGAUUAAAGGUUCAGA